AUGCCGAUAAAACCGUUUCUCUGCUUCUCCGUUCUCCUCGCGUUUCUUGCCGUUGCCGGAGGUGACUCCGGCGAAGCCGCCGAACUCGACUACUCCAAGCUUUCCGGUAUUAUAAUCCCUGGCUUCGCGUCUACUCAGCUUCGCGCAUGGUCUAUUCUUGAUUGUCCUUACUCUCCGCUCGAUUUCAAUCCUCUCGAUUUGGUUUGGCUCGACACUACGAAACUUCUUUCUGCUGUGAAUUGCUGGCUUAAGUGCAUGUUGCUGGAUCCUUACAACCAGACAGAUCAUCCUGAUUGUAAGUCACGUCCUGAUAGCGGUCUUUCGGGAAUUACUGAACUCGAUCCAGGUUAUAUAACAGGACCUCUUUCUUCUAUAUGGAAAGAAUGGAUUAAGUGGUGUAUUGAAUUUGGCAUUGAAGCUAAUGCAAUAAUUGCUGUUCCUUACGAUUGGAGACUUUCACCGUCCAUACUUGAAGAACGAGACAUUUACUUUCAUAAGCUUAAAUUGACAUUUGAGACCGCUUUCAAACUUCGAGGGGGCCCAUCUUUAGUUUUUGCCCAUUCAUUGGGUAAUAAUGUUUUUCGUUAUUUCUUAGAGUGGUUGAAGCUAGAAAUUGCCCCAAAGCAUUAUAACCAAUGGCUGGAUCAACAUAUUCAUGCCUAUUUUGCUGUUGGAGCUCCCCUUCUGGGUGCAACUGAAACCAUUGAAGCAACACUUUCUGGAUUCACAUUUGGUCUUCCAGUAUCUGAGGGAACAGCUCGGUUGAUGUUCAACUCCUUUUCUUCGUCAUUGUGGAUGUUGCCUUUUUCCAAGUACUGUAGAACAAAUAAUAAAUAUUGGAAGCAUUUUUCUGGAGGACGGCAAGUAGGCACCCAUACAUAUCACUGUGAUGAGGAGGAGUUUAAGUCUAACUUUUCUGGAUGGCCAACAAAGGUAGUCAACAUCGAAAUUCCCUCUAGCCGUGGAUUUGAUGCAUAUCCCACGUUUUCAGAAAUACCUGAGACCAACUUGUCCGGAAUGGAAUGUGGACUGCCUAUUCAAUUAUCUUUCUCAGCUCGUGAAAUAGCGGAUGGCUCCUUUUUCAAGGCAAUUGAAGAUUAUGACCCAGACAUCAAGAGGCUCUUGUACCAGUUAGAGAAAUCGUACAUUGGUGAUCCUGUUCUUAAUCCACUUACACCUUGGGACCGGCCACCCUUAAAAAAUGUCUUCUGUAUAUAUGGCAGUAAUUCAAAGACAAAGGUUGGUUACUACUUUGCCCCUAGUGGUAAGCCAUACCCAGAUAACUGGAUCAUUACAGAUGUCGUUUAUGAGUAUGAAGGAUCUCUAGUCUCAAGGUCAGGGAAUCUGGUUGAAGGAAACCCUGGAGCUAUAAGUGGUGAUGAGACGGUUCCAUACAAUUCUCUUUCCUGGUGCAAAAACUGGUUGGGUCCAAAGGUGAACAUCACAAGAGCUCCUCAGUCAGAGCACGAUGGCUCAGAUGUACAGAUUGAUUUGAAUGUGGAACAUCACUAUGGCGAAGAUAUUGUUCCAAACAUGACUAGAUUUCCUAGGGUUAAGUACAUAACAUAUUAUGAAGAUUCUGAAAGUCUUCCGGGAAAGAGGACAGCAGUUUGGGAACUUGAUAAAGCAAAUCACAGGAACAUUGUUAGAUCAUCAGUGUUAAUGAGGGAAUUAUGGCUUGAAAUGUGGCGUGAUAUCCAUCCUGAUGCAAGAUCAGAGUUUGUCACAAAAGCUAAGCGCGGACCUCUAAGAAAUGAGGACUGCUAUUGGGAUUAUGGGAAAGCUCGCUGUGCAUGGCCAGAGUAUUGUGAAUACAGAUAUGUUUUUGGUGAUGUUCACUUGGGACAAAGCUGCAGGUUGAAAUAUACUUCAGCUGAUUUGUUGUUGCACUAUUUAUAA